AUGUCACGCGCAAACAGUCUUUACACAAACAGAGGACCAACGGCGAAUCCGCGUAACAAGUCCGCUCCCCUUCACAAUACCAAGCUUCAAGUAUCUCGCCUCGAUGCGCAAGUAAAGCACCUCAUUGACGACGUCCUGCCCAAAGCUCCGUACCUAAUCUCCGUUCCUUCGGAUGUUCCCUAUCGUCACAACUCGCGGUUUGUUAGCAAUUGGUAUCUCGGCACUCCGUUCGCAAAGGAGGAGGAAGCACUACAGUACAUGAGCUUCUUGACUCAUCAAGACGGGGAGCAAAGUCUAAUUAAAGCGGUGGGAGGUUGGUCGGAUGAGAAGGGAAACCUGGUUGAUGAGGACCCUUCACCACAGCAGACAUAUCCCAGCACGUCCAACUCACCGUCUUUGAGUGGUCAGCGCAAGAAGAUAUCCUUGACCGAUUACAAAAGUAAAGGUAAAGGUGAGGAAGAAGCAAACCGAUCAGGGGGUAUGGCGCACGCCGCUGAACUGCAGUCCUGCGGUAAGGAUUCGCAGGUCAACGGGGUGUCUCGAGGCGAAGCAAGGAAUAGCAAGGUAACAGCUGGCUCCUCACCCAAGAGGCAACCGGAUAGAAAGCGAUCAUUCAACGACGUGGCGGAUGCUUCUUCCAAUAUCAAGUCUCCUAAACCAGAAAAAAGAGCUCGAACAAAGUCACCCGUGAAAGCAAGAUCACCGGGCUCAUCUGCUACAACUGUACCAGGGACAACCAACGCGAACAAAACUCGCGUUCCUUCGCUACUCUCACCAACACUUCCACCCGCCGAAGCAGAUAACAUCACCAGCAUCCCGGACCUUCUUUCACCUACUCUUCCCUCCUCCAUAGAAGAUCUGCUGGCACACAAUGAGGAUGAAGAGGAGGAGCCAAAUGGCACGACGAACCACAAAAGAAGCGACUCUGUGAAGUCCAUUCUCACCGCACCCGGCCCGGGAGGCUCACCCUUGUCCGCAUCGAAAAAGACGGGCAUCUCUCGAACCGACCACGAAAGACAUCUCUCGCCCUCUCUGCAGAUUGAUAUGAAGGAGGCUAGAAUCUCACCUGGUGCGCGAAGCAGGGCCUCAACAUCCAGUCCGGGUCCAAGACAACGCCAUAUCAUUGUGUUGAAGUAUGGCAAACGGAAUAGGAAGCGUGUGGAAGCACUGCUGAAAUUCGCACCCCGGAGCAAGAAGCCAGUUCCCCGGUCAGAAAGUGCUACUGAAGAUAAGCACGAGUCGGUGAAAGCUGUCAACGGAACGAUGAAGACUCCAAAUGAAGCAACCCCCAAGCGCGAGAAAGAAGGCCCCACUUCUCAACCAUCGGAACAGCCCCUUAAACGUCCAAAGCUUACGCCUUCCUCACUCAACCUCUCAGAAAGACCAACUACGCCUGUCCCAUCUGCUUUCAAAUCGCCUUCUGUACACAACCCGGUUCCACCUCGAUCAGCCUUCUCGACCCCCAAGAAGGAUUUCAAAACGACAGCCAUGCGCAGAGUGGAAUCAUCUGAUGGUAUCGAUGCACGCACACCCACCGCAAGCAUGACCCGGCAGAGUACACCUGGUAGCACCGAGAAACCACAUACGUUCAAUCGAACAUCUCCGCCCACCGACCUGGGUUCGGCUUCAUCACAACGUGACGACAUGCGCCGUGCGUGGAAAGCCUUCAACACAAAGUAUUACGAACUCGGCCGCAAACUCAAGCACGAAGGCCAAUCCCUUCUUCAUCAAGAAAUGCCGGACCAAAGACACGGUGUCCUCCUCCACGUCGAAGCUCUCCUCUGUUUCAUGCUCAAUCAAGUCGCCUUAUCAUACGCAAACAACGGCAGCGAUUCCGGCUGGCGCACCAUCCUUCCCUACCUCGUGUUCAUCCAUCGCAUUUCGAUGCCCUUUCCGCAUCUGCAAGGCCUAGUCAGUCAACUCGGUGCUGUCUGCCGGCAAACCAUCUCCAAGCACGACCUCGACCGCCUCGCUCGUGAACCCUUGCCGGUAGUGACAGACGACCUCAACGCCACCGUCUCCGCGCCCACACCCAGCAGCGACGGAAACACUAAGAGCAGCACCACCAGCAACGAGGACGCCACCUCCUCAUCCGCUUCCGACAAAGCGCGACGAAAAUGGACCACCUUCCGCACCGAACUCAUCGAAAAUGCCAAAGACCUCCAUCGCGCGUGGCUGGACGGAUACCAAAAGUUGAGCCCUGAGGUUCUGAAGCAGGACUUCCCGGAUACGUGGCAAAAGAGGGCGAGGGAUCUGAGCGUAAAAGCUGCUUCGGGGCCGGGGGCAGUCUUGGAGAAGGGCUUGUCGGCGGAGAAUUUGAGGGGCAAUUACACGUAUUUCUUGCCCUUGGAUGUUAAUACGGGAGUUGUGGAGGCGGUGAGGUUUGGUAUGGCGAUCUUGCAAGAGUGGGCGGCGAGAGAGGCUCAGGAAGGGAAUGUCAAGGGGUGGAAGUUAAGAGUCGAUUUAUGA